AUGGCCAACGAGCUUGUCCAAGCGGUUGAAGAAGUUCACACUCCCUCGUCGAUGGCGCGUAUCAGUCAAUUUAUGAGCAUCGACGGUCACUUGCUGCAGUGGGCCACUAGCAAAGAUAUGCAGGCAUUGACGAGCAUCUGCAAGACAGGCAACAGCAUUGCGGGUCUCUUGUUGUCUCAUACGGUUCACUUGAACAAGGAGAAGGAGGAACGUCAGUUAUGCGUCCUGCUGGAGAAAUGGAAGACCCCGAAAGACGAAGAAACUGCGGCUGAGACAGUGGAAAUCAAGAAUGUGAUUGCACGGACGCUCCGUGCUCUGUAUAAUCGCGACAAGAGGUUAUCAGGGCAGCACUCGCGAUCUUCGAACGAGGGCGCUGCCGCAUCUGCCAGAGAACAACCAAACGGCGCCCGUGACACCAAAGAAACACGAAUUAAAACCCCUUGGCAGGACAACCCUAAUGAGUGGGGCUGGGUGGAUCUGUGGCAGCUCGUCAUCGACCCCAGGGGUCUGGAGGGCUUCAAUCGCACUUGCCUCCACCUUUUCGCUUUGACAAUCCUUAUUUACGAGAACAAAGUGUGUAUCAAGGAGUACGGUGGGACGAGUUCGGGAAACACGAGCUACGCUGUCAGGGUAGUUGAGGACGAAGUGAAAGGAUGCGCUUUGCCGUCUUUUUCUCGGGGGACCUCGUGUUCUUCUGUAGCCCCGGUGUCUGAUGAACACCGGGACAACCUGGGGGCCCGAAUACCUUUCGAAGGGAUCCGGCAAGCCAUCCUGUCUCCGUGGAAUUACGGACUGUACCAGAAGUUGUGCUGCGCGAUGCAGUUGACGCCCGAUGUUGAGCCGAUGGUGGACACGAGAGCCUUGCUCGCCAAGUGCCACCUCGGCCAGCGUCGUCUGCAAGUGGAAACGACACAGUCGAAUGUACCUCGGGAAAUUAGGGGUUUUCUCUCAGUGUGUUCAACUCAGUCGGGCGACCAGGGCACUGCUUCGGCUCGAGACAAAUGCGGAAAGAAGAUCGCCAGACGACGCCAGCUGAGAUCUGUUGCGUCGGACACGAGCGACAGCCCCUCGGACGUACCAGGCAGUGACUUGGAAUCCGGAAGUUGUGAAAAGAAGAGGAGAAGAGGGUUCUGA